AUGGACGACUCUGAAGGGCAUCACGAUCACGAUCGCGAGUACGGACAAGACGAAACUCUAGAUGAAGAAUUCAUAGAUCAAGAAGACGUUUUGGCGGAGGUGCCUCUCGAUGGAGAUCAUCCUAUGGACGAAGAUGACGAAGAACAAGACACUCUUGGGGAAUUGCAGGCGGGACCCUCGUCUCUAGAGGAAGACAAUUCAGUUCAGGCUUUCACCAAUCACAGAGCGUCGGUCUUCACCGUCGCCGUACAUCCCACAGAACCAUUGGCAGCAUCUGGGGGUGAAGAUGAUCUUGGCUACGUCUGGGACAUAACGGACGGAGAAGUUCUCAUUAAGUUGACUGGACAUACUGAUAGUCUGUCAUGUAUUGCAUGGAGUUAUGACGGCGAAAUGCUGUCGACCGGCGGUAUGGAUGGCAAAAUACGACUGUGGAGGAGAGUCGGGAAGGAGGAUUAUCGAACCUGGGAAUUUUUAACGGAACUACAAGGCCCCGAUGAAGUGAUGUUCUUGAGAUGGCAUCCAAAAGGAAGCGUGCUCAUUGCCGGUUCUAAUGACUCGACGCUAUGGCUCUGGCAAUUACCUUCAGGAAAGACAAUGCAAGUUUUCGCUGGACAUACCGGCUCCGUCCAAUGCGGCGACUUCACACCAGAUGGAAAACGGAUCGUCUCUGCAUGUGCAGACGGGACGCUCAUUUUAUGGGAUCCACGCUCUCCGACACCUGUGUUCAAACUCACACCUGAAGAUGCACGGUUCAACCUCGAUGGAAUCACCUCAAUAGGUGUUAAUCCGUCCUCGACUUUGGUUGUAGUGGGUGGUGCUGCGGGUAGUGCCAGAGUGAUAAGUCUCUCAAAAGGGGACAUUGUUGCGACCCUAGGUGGACAUACUGAGGGGGAGAGCAUCGAAACGGUGGCCUUUGUUGACAUCACAGGAAACGGGUCGGAAAUUGCAGCUACCGGUGCUACUGACGGGAAAGUAUGUCUGUGGGAUCUCAGCACCAUGCGUUUGCGCACUACUCUAGAACAUGAAGACGCGGUGACAACCUUACUGUCUGUCCCAAACCCCAAGAGUCAUUUACUAGUAUCGGGUUCUGCCGAUAAGACUCUUCGCACAUGGGACGCCCGGACAGGAAAACUACUGAGGACACACAAAGGACACAAUGCACCCAUACUAGGCGCCUCUCUGGGAUUGGGUGGCACUGUUGUGGUCAGUGCAGGUGAUGAUGGGGUUUGUUUAGUGUUUACUACAGAAGCCACUGAGGACGAUCAGUAA